UCCGAGCUUAUUGGUCCUGGUCCAUUGUUGCGUAUUGAUUGCUGUGGAGCAGUGGUAUGGUCGUCGGGACACUCGGUCGUCCUCGUCGUCGUCGUCGUCGUCGCCGUCGGUGGUGCUCAGCCGAUUAGGUUAAGAGGAACGGGCGCGUGCGGUUGCAGAUAGAAGAAAGAGAGAAAGAAGAGAGGAGAAAAAGAGGAAAAAUAAAGCUCGGUCGUUCGCGUCGUCGUCGCGCAUCGUUCGCUCGCGUUUCGCUCGCGUACGCGAUUACGACCCGCGCUUGCUACAUCUGCACCAUACACGCACGCACUUAACUGUAAAAAAAAAUAAAAAGAGUAUAAUCAUACAUAUAUACACAAAUAGAAACACAAGAGAAAGAGAGAACGAAGAAAAAAGAGAGAGAGAAAAAGCAUAUAUAAAUACAAGCGAAGCAAACGGGAAGAACUCGUCUCGCGUACUUGUGUAUUCGUACGAGCGCGCGUAUGUGACACGCGGUAGUCAGUGUUCAGUGAGUCGUGACCCCUGCCUGUUCUCUAUUGCUCCGGCAAUCCCUUACGAUCACGGACUUCGACUGGAAGCGAUACACACCUGCGGCAUCACAGCGGCGGCGGCGGCAGCGGCUGCCGCCGAGGGUGGUGAGAAACGAGUCAACAGAACGAGAACGGCGCAAGACCCUCAGAGCCAUCAGGAUCGAGCAUCCGUGGCUGGUUACUGCGCGUAUCGCGAUAGCUGUGCGAACGAGAAAGCGGAGCGCCUUCGCCAAGGACGCCGUGUUCGGGACUCGGUGCUUCUCGUGUGUCCAGCGGAGAUAUCGACGUGUACAUCCGCCUCGGGAUAGACUUGUGACGGGGAUACGAUCCUCAGUCGGACAGUAGUGCGUCGACCAGAACGACGGCAGUCGUUUCAUUCAAGUGAUCUUUGAAUAAAAGGAGCUUGCGAACAAGGAAGAAGGCAUUUUCGGGGCAAACAGAUAUAGACAUUAUUAGGCAGAAUUGGAGGAACAAUCGUAAAAGAGUGAUAGGAAGAGAGAAGUAGAGGAGAGAGAGAAAGAGAGAGCGAGAGAGAGUGCAUGUGUGUGUGUAUGUGAUAGAGAGUGAGAGAGAGAGAGCGAGAGAGACGGAGAGAGAGAGAGAGAGAGAGAGAGGGUGAGAAAGGAAGAGUACGAGAGGUGGUGAAAGAGAGAGAGAGAGAGAUAGGGAGAAGAAGGGGGUUGAGAAGGUGAGAGUGGAAGACGGGCUCCGGGUGCCAGCGAGUGUGCGUGGCAGGAGAAUAGAAAGGAAAAAGAGAUUCGGUGAUUUUCCUUCUCGAAGAGAGCGCACGCUUGCAAAAGAAGAAAAGAAAAAGAAGAAGCUCGUGGGGCAGCUGCAUACCGCGAGGACGCGGAAGCGGGCCGUGCACAGAUCUUUCCUAGCGCGUGUCGCGCAUCCCCCGGAGGCGGCGCGAAAUUAUGAAGCGCAUAAAGUGCGUCCUACUGGCCGCCGCAGCUGCCGCUUGUGAUUGUGAUAGUCGCCGGUGAAUGUGUGACCCGGGGGCAGCAGAGAUCCGCCGGGAUGACGACCGAAGGGACGACCGUGCAGCCCCCGGUAGAAGGCUGCCUCAAGGAGCGGAAAUGGUGGUGCUUCCUCCUGUCGAGCAUCUUCACCUUCCUCGCCGGGCUGCUGAUCGUACUCCUCUGGCGUGCGUUCGCUAUCCUCUGCUGUCGCAAGGAGCCCGAGCUCUCCCCAAAUGACCCGAAGCAGAAGGAGCAGAAAACGGCCCGCCAGAACAAGGAGUUCGAGGGGACUUUUAUGACCGAGGCCAAGGAUUGGGCCGGCGAGCUGAUUUCCGGACAGACCACCACUGGACGUAUCUUGGUGGUGUUAGUUUUCAUUCUCAGUAUAGCAUCGCUUAUAAUAUACUUCAUCGAUGCCUCCAGCGAAGUGGUGGAGCGUUGCCAGAAGUGGAGCAACAACAUUACUCAGCAGAUAGACUUAGCUUUCAAUAUAUUUUUUAUGGUCUACUUUUUUAUACGCUUUAUCGCCGCCAGUGACAAGCUGUGGUUCAUGUUGGAGAUGUAUUCGUUCGUGGACUACUUUACGAUACCACCGUCCUUCGUGUCGAUAUAUCUCGAUCGGACGUGGAUCGGACUGAGGUUCCUCCGAGCCCUACGACUGAUGACGGUCCCUGACAUCCUCCAGUACCUUAACAUUCUAAAGACAUCGAGCUCUAUUCGUCUCGCCCAACUCGUAUCCAUCUUCAUUUCGGUAUGGUUAACCGCUGCUGGCAUCAUUCAUUUGCUUGAAAACUCAGGGGAUCCUUUCGAGUUCACGAACCCACAACAGCUUUCAUACUGGACCUGUGUGUACUUUCUGAUCGUGACGAUGUCCACGGUAGGAUAUGGCGACGUUUACUGCCAGACGGUCCUCGGCCGCACAUUCCUAGUAUUUUUUCUACUCGUCGGUUUGGCAAUUUUUGCUAGUAGCAUACCCGAGAUAAUAGAGCUCGUAGGCAGUAGGUCCAAGUACAGCGGCGAGUUCAAGCGGGAGCAUGGAAAGAGACAUAUCGUCGUGUGCGGCCACAUCACCUACGAAUCGGUCUCGCACUUCCUCAAGGAUUUCCUACACGAGGAUCGCGAGGACGUCGACGUAGAAGUUGUCUUCUUGCAUAGGAAAGAGCCGGAUCUCGAAUUGGAGGGUCUCCUGAAGAGGCAUUACACGACCGUGGAGUUUUUUCAGGGCACCAUGAUGAAUGCCGUGGACCUGGAGCGCGUCAAGGUACACGACGCGGACGCGUGCUUGGUACUGGCGAACAAGUACUGCCAGGACCCGGACGCGGAAGACGCGGCGAACAUCAUGCGCGUCAUCUCCAUCAAGAACUAUUCGGAUGACAUUCGCGUUAUCAUACAAUUAAUGCAGUAUCACAACAAGGCCUACUUACUAAACAUUCCAUCGUGGGACUGGAAGCAGGGUGACGACGUCAUAUGCCUGGCCGAGUUGAAACUAGGCUUUAUCGCGCAGUCCUGCCUCGCGCCUGGAUUCAGCACAAUGAUGGCCAAUCUCUUCGCGAUGCGUUCCUUUAAGACGUCGCCCGAUAUGCAGGCUUGGCAGAAUGACUACCUGCGUGGAACCGGAAUGGAGAUGUACACCGAGACACUGAGCCCUACCUUCAUUGGAAUGCCCUUUGCGAAAGCCACUGAGUUGUGCUUCACGAAACUGAAGCUCUUGCUGCUGGCCAUCGAGAUAAAGGGCGAAGGAGGCUCCGACAGUAAAAUCUCGAUUAACCCACGUGGUGCCAAGAUCGCUGCAAAUACUCAGGGAUUCUUCAUUGCUCAAUCUGCUGACGAAGUAAAGCGGGCGUGGUUCUAUUGCAAAGCAUGCCACGACGAGAUUAAAGACGAGACUCUGAUCAAGAAGUGCAAGUGCAAAAAUUUGGGGCAGCAGCAGCGCUCCUGGGGCCGGGAUUUAGAUGUGGGGAUGAUGAUGAUGCAGACCGGCAUGGUGAAGGGAAACACUGCCUACAGCAGUUACCUCGACGUGGCCACAUUCCGGAAAGGCGUGCGAGCUGUUCAGAUGGUUGGAAGAGCAAGUGAAGACCUCUUGUACGCAAACGACCACCAUCCUCCCCCCACAUUCACUCCGCCAGAACUGCCCAAGAUGGUUCACGUAAGAGGUGAAAUUAGCCGCGAACGAGACGAUCCGAAUGUCAUGAGAAAUCAUCGGAACUCCGUCGGGAUGACCUUGAUAAAUUCGACGAAGCAGGUCAACAAGGUGAAGCCGAACGUGAAUCGAGCGACGAACGACAGUCUUUCCAGCCCGAAUCAGCAGUAUAAUCAGAGAUCGCAAGAGGAGUCCGCAUACGCUGGCUACCAUCUCGCCUACGAAGUCAAAAAGCUCAUGCCAACGAGCAGAGCCUCGGGUGGCACGAACGUUAACAACAACGGCGGUCUUCAGGUCGGGAUCGCUGACGAUCAAGCGAAAGAUUUCGAUUUCGAGAAGACCGAGAUGAAGUACGAUUCGACGGGGAUGUUUCAUUGGAGCCCCUCCCGUAAUCUCGAAGACUGCAUACUGGAUCGUAAUCAGGCGGCGAUGACAGUUCUUAACGGGCACGUCGUUGUCUGCCUGUUCGCCGAUCCCGACUCGCCCCUCAUCGGACUGAGGAACCUUGUCAUGCCAUUACGAGCUUCCAAUUUUCAUUAUCACGAGCUUAAACACGUAGUGAUAGUUGGAUCGGUGGACUACAUACGCCGCGAAUGGAAAAUGCUGCAGAAUUUACCGAAGAUAUCGGUUCUAAAUGGUUCACCAUUGAGUAGAGCCGAUUUGCGUGCCGUUAACGUGAAUCUGUGCGACAUGUGUUGCAUCCUGUCGGCUAAAGUGCCUAGCAAUGAUGACCCCACCCUCGCCGACAAGGAGGCCAUCCUCGCAUCCCUCAAUAUCAAGGCCAUGACUUUUGACGAUACAAUCGGCGUGCUUAGCCAAGUUGGCAGCCCGAUCGUCUUGCAGCGACGGGGAUCCGUUUAUGGAGCGAAUGUGCCAAUGAUCACAGAACUUGUGAAUGAUAGCAACGUGCAGUUCCUUGACCAGGACGACGACGAUGACCCGGACACGGAACUCUACCUCACUCAACCUUUUGCCUGCGGUACUGCCUUUGCAGUCAGCGUAUUGGAUUCCCUUAUGUCAACGACAUACUUCAACCAAAAUGCAUUGACUCUGAUUCGGUCACUGAUCACCGGUGGAGCUACGCCUGAGUUGGAAUUGAUCCUGGCUGAAGGGGCAGGCUUAAGGGGAGGGUAUAGUACGGCAGAUAGCCUGUCUAAUAGGGAUCGGUGUCGUGUUGGUCAGAUCGCGUUGUACGACGGGCCAUUGGCUCAAUAUGGCGAGGGAGGCAAGUACGGUGACCUCUUUGUCGCAGCAUUAAAGUCGUACGGAAUGCUGUGCAUUGGUCUGUACAGGUACAGGUUUCGAGACACUAGCUCGUCGUGCGACGCCUCUUCCAAACGAUACGUGAUCACAAAUCCACCCGAUGACUUCACAUUAUUACCCACAGAUCAGGUUUUCGUGUUGAUGCAAUUCGACCCGGGUCUUGAAUACAGGCCGAGCAGAGGUGCCCGAGGGAAGGACGACUCCUCCUGAUUGUUGCUGUGUAGCGCCCUCACCGAUGGACCAUAUUCUUACAUCUAAUCAUGCAUUAGAAACCAUCGUGCAGUCCGUCGUCCCUACAACUGUCCUGUCUUCGUCGACGAACACCACUGUCUGAUGUCGCGCAUUAUCAACGAGUUAUCGCGAGUUAUCGUUCACAAGGCGGAUUGCAAUCAUAUCCAUUUCCUCGAUCGACCGAUACAUACAGCGACAGUGCAUAACAACGCUUAUUCGCCGAUUCGAUCACUCCUAAGAAGUUUUACCUCGUUUGCCCCGCAUGGAAAUCGUUUUCACCGAGUCAUUGAAUAUCUCGAGAGUGAUGCUCAAUCGCCGGAACGAGGACUCGGGAAAAAGAAGCCUAAAGAACAAGUUAUCAAAGAAGCGAAGAAACGAGGAGAAGGAUGAAGAAGGAUGUGCGAGAAAAGGAGGACAAUGGAAGGGGCAACGGAAAACGGCAUGAUGCUAUGCGGUCCGAGGGUAGCUACACAUCUCUCUUUCUUUAUUCGAGAUAAUCAUCUUCGUUCGAAGAUGAUUCUAUAAGGACUGAAUCAGACAUUUCGCAAAGCGUAACACUGUGUUAUUAAGCCCCCUAUCGAUCUUUUGCGGCUGGGAAAGAGGAUAGUGGACGGGAGAAAGGAACAUAUAGCUUAAAGUUUUAGCACGUGGCUUAGCCUCGACGAGCGCUGUGGAAUUGCGGUAUCCUGCGCGGUGGAAAACGGAAAAACAAUCGCCGUCACAGUAAAAGUCUCCGGUUUCUUUUUUUUCCGGCACGUGUUAAUGUAUAUAAUACGUAACCCUGAGAACACCGUCGUUCAACGUGCUGUGAGAGGGCGACGAGACGACGGAAGGAGGAGGAGGAGUGCAGCGAACUGGACACGAUUUCGUCGAUGUCCCUCAUCGAAGAGUCUCCUCUCGUCCCGAUCUCGCGUCGGACUCUCGUGGACGGUGCCGGACUACUACGCGCAACCUUUACCUCGUGUGUCUUGUUUUACGACUAAAACCGAAAGGAAAAAAAUCUCAAUCAAGCACUUUCUACAGGCUCCAUAUAUAUAUAAAUAUGUAUGUAUAUAUACGUAUACAUAUAUACAUAUAGUUAAAACUACGAUAAAAUACCCUUUUCCACACAACUUUAAGUAUAAAUCGUCUAUAUAUCGGUAUAUAUACAUUAUAGGUAUAUAUGCACAUAUAUAUAUAUAUAUGUAUACACACAUAGACAUUCUCUCUU